AUGUCGACUGAACCAAACCAUGCAAAUGUCCUCAGGAUUGCUAUUAUCGGGGGCGGUCCGGCUGGACUCGGUGCUGCAAUUGCGUUAUCAGCCUUGCCGAAUGUCAGAAUAACGCUGUACGAAAAGGCUCGCGAGCUGAGAGAAGUCGGUGCCGGAAUCAGUAUUGGAUACAACUGUUGGAAGGUUCUUGAACUUCUUGGGGCUGCUGAAGAUGUGCGGGGACACUUGCAGCAGAAUGUGCUUUAUCGAAAUGGACUGUCUGGUGAAAUUAAACGCGUGAAACCUGCUCCGUCUUCAGUUCCCCUCAAGUACCGGUCUAGACGGGUGAAGAGAACAAGACUGCAAGCUGCUUUAAUAUCGAAAGUUCCACCAGGAAUUAUACAGCUCAAUAAAAAAUUGGUAUCAAUUCACGAUGCUGGGACGCAAGGUGUCCAUCUCACCUUUGAAGAUGGGGCUAAGACGACAGCGGAUCUAGUAGUCGGUGGAGAUGGGAUUCGCUCUGUAAUCAGAACAUCACUAUUCCCAGAACAUAUUACAAAAUUCACGGGUACAACUAUUUGGCGGACCCUGAUUCCAGCUAAAUCUCUAUCUCACAUCCACGACUUAUUUCCGGAUACAUCAUGGUGGCAUGGCCCUUCAGGGCACUGUUAUUUCUCGCUGGUUGAUGAUCCUUCUGAAUUUCUAGAUUCCAGCACCUCAUCAUCAUCUGAGCAAAUGAUCGAGGUUUCGUGUCGUUAUCUCAUAGAUCCAGCCCUUGAUACUGAGAAGAGGUUUAGUUGGGGGGUCCCCGCAACAAAUGAGCGAGUCAAUGUUCACUUUACGCAAUACGACCGCCGAGUACGCGAUGCACUUUCUCGCGUCCCAGAAGGAGGUUGGAAAGAAUUUUCUGCCUUUUCAGGGCCGAGACUCGAAAGGCUUGUGGGAUGGGGCAAAGUGGUAUUAUUGGGAGACGCCAGCCACCCACUAUCUGGUGCAUUUGGUUCCGGCGCGGCUUUCGCUUUGGAAGAUGGCUGGAUUCUUGCUCGAGCAAUAGAACUUGUUACCAGCAGAGCUUCAUCAACCUUUUCAGAUAGUGAUCAUGACAGACAGGUCAUUAAGGCACGAAAUAUCGCCGACGCUCUGGAAAUUUUUAAUGAUAUUCGCUCCCCAUACUAUCGACGAAUGUAUGAACACCUAGACAGUCAAAAAGCGAAAGUUAGUCGAGCACAAACCGAGGCUAAAAGCCAAAGUAGCGACCCGACAUAUAUUUUUGAGAGCGUCCUUGCAUCGCGUCUCGAAGCAUUUCCCGUAGGUGAUGAGUUGAGUUGGAUCUAUAAAAACGAUAUUGCGAUUAUAUGGCAACAAUACCUCCGAUCAAAGCGAGAAGCGCGCACUGCAGCACGCAUAUAG